UGAGACUUUUAUGGGCUGCCGCGCCGACGUCAGGCGCUGCGCUUCACCGUGAAGAUGGCGGAGGCUGCGGAGGAACCGCGACACCGGUUCUUCUGUCACUGCUGUAAAUGUGAAACGGACCCCAAACUCCCGGAUUUCGUCUGCCCCAGAUGUGACUCUGGCUUCAUUGAGGAGGUGACAGAGGACUCCAGUCUCCUGCAGGGCAGCACAUCAGUGGCCAGUGAAGAUUCAAACUCGUUGUUAUCAGAUUUAUGGCAGCUGCUGUUCAUGGAACGCUCUGCCCUGCUGUCGCAUCCGCCCUCCGCAGAGUCCCACCAAGAUGACAGCGAGCAGGUAUCUGCAGGUCAGAGCCGUCCUUCUCCGGUGUCACCGGGUGCUGCAGAGGCCCGAGGGCCAGAGUCUUCUUCCCAGCCCGAACAAGAGAGAUCAUCCAGGCCUGAACAAAGGCCUGCAGUGGAAGGGAUCGUGCAGCAGUUCUUGGCCGGCCUGUUCGCCAACAACGGAAACCCCGGUGCUGCACCAGCUGCAUUAUCCAGCAUGCUACAGUUGUACUCAAACCCAGGAGACUAUGCAUGGGGUCAGGGAGGUCUGGAUGCUGUUAUCACAGAGUUGUUAGGACAGUUGGAGAGCACAGGUCCACCCCCUGCAGAAAAGGAGAUGAUCUCAUCGCUGCCAACAGUUUGCAUCUCUCAGGAACAGACAGACUGCAGACUGGAGUGUCCAGUUUGUAGGGAGGAGUAUUCAUUAGGGGAAUCUGUCAGGAAGCUACCCUGCCUCCAUUACUUCCACAGUCACUGUAUAGUGCCUUGGCUAGAGCUGCAUGAUACCUGCCCAGUGUGCCGCAAAAGCCUUGACGGUGUCGACAACAGCCUCCCGUCCACGUCCCAACCCCCGGAAGCCCGCUCCAUCAGGACAGAGCAACAAGAGAGGCAGGCGAUCUGAAAAACGGGGCAAACAACUCUACCUCCUUUACUGUUUUCAGGAGACAUGCUGCUCACCUCAAACCUUUCCCUCCACACCGACUGCUUUAAAAAAAAAUACAUUACAUACAUCACAGUCAAAAGUUGCAUCUUCAACUCUCACUUGAGUCAUGCAUCUGCAUUCAUGCAAGCUAAAGACCUUCAAAUUUAACGCCAACGUCUUCACCAUUGUUAAGGCACACUCCACACAUGAGGAAGUGGCAGUCUGCUGACAAUAUACAGAGGUGAUGUGUCCUUCUCGCUACACUGCUCUCCUAGGUGGUUUUCUGAAUGACUGACUUUGAUAUCAUGAACUAAUCACCACUGGGCUGUCAGUGGUUGUCAAAAUGAUGAGAACUCAGAGUUAUGAAGUAACAUUUUUGCAUUAAGGCUCUUGGAAAGACAGUUUAUUAACUCUGUUUUGCUGACCUUUUUCCACCCCGUCUGAUUCAGCAUUUAUCUCCUCUAUACAUAAAGCUGUCAUUAAAGCCUAAC